ACACAAAAAAAACUACGUUCUCUUCUUCUCUUAUAUGCAUUCCUCUUUUAAUUGUCUCGCAUCAGUUCCAUUACCAUCUCUCUUUGAUCUCCUUGCUCCUUCAUCAAACCCAUAUCUCUUUCUCUGUGUAAAUUCUCCCCUGAAUUCGACUCUGUUUUUUCCUCUGUAACUGUAGCCAAUUCGAAAUUCUGGAAACGCUUCAAAAGAGUUUCGAAUUCGUCAAAAAAUUAAGGUUUCAAGAGAAUGACAACAGAGGAAAGAGAUGAAGUCCCACGCUCUGUUAACAGCUCCAACUUCCGUGAAAGAAUCAGAGAAAUCAAGUGGGCUUCUCUAGCUAAAACGAGUAAGCAAUGGCUUAGAAACCCACUCAACAUGGCUCUCUUCUUGUGGAUCUUUGUAGUUGCUGUCUCUGGUGCCAUUCUCUUCAUGGUUAUGACCGGUAUGUUAAACAGUGUUCUACCCAAAAAGUCACAGAGAGAUGUCUGGUUUGAAGUUAACAACCAAAUCCUCAACGCAUUGUUUACUCUCAUGUGUUUGUACCAACACCCGAAACGGUUUUACCACCUCGUGCUUCUCUGUAGAUGGAAGGGAGAUGAUGUCACGACGCUUAGGAAGGUAUACUGCGAAAAGGGGAGUUGCAAGCCUAAUGAGUGGUGUCACAUGAUGGUUGUUGUUCUCUUGCUUCACUUAAACUGUUUCGCUCAGUAUGCGCUUUGUGGACUUAACUUAGGGUUUAGAAGAUCAGAGAGACCUCCUGUUGGUGUGGCUAUUUGUGUUUCCGUUGCAAUAGCGGCUCCUGCUGCUGCUGGUUUGUACACUAUCCUUAGCCCUCUUGGGAAAGAGUAUGAUUCUCCUCAAGGAGAUGAGGAGAAUCAAGUGCAGGGUGUUAGUAAUCGGAAGGUAUCUCUUGAAAGGAGAUAUUCAUUUGCUUCAAGAAAUGAGAGUAGUCCUGAAUGGAGAGGUGGAGUUCUUGAUAUAUGGGAAGAUAUAACAGUUUCAUACCUCUCACUGCUUUGUACUUUCUGUGUGUUUGGUUGGAACAUGGAGAGGAUUGGGUUUGGGAACAUGUAUGUACACAUUGCGACUUUUGUUCUCUUCUGUUUAGCUCCUUUCUUUAUAUUCAACUUGGCUGCUAUAAACAUUGAUAACGAGAUGGUAAGGGAAGGGCUUGGAUACACUGGGAUUGUGCUUUGUUUGUUUGGUUUGCUAUACGGUGGUUUUUGGAGGAUACAGAUGAGGAAGAGGUUUAAGUUGCCGAGUUAUGAUUUCUGUUGUGGGAGGCCUGCGGUUGCUGAUUGUACGCUUUGGUUGUUUUGUUGCUGGUGCUCUUUGGCUCAGGAAGUCAGGACUGCUAAUGCUUAUGAGAUUGUGGAGGAUAAGCUUUGUAAAAGAAGAGAAAAUGAGAGCAACGUUGAUGAAGAAGAUGGUGUCAUGGAUCCUAGUUGCUUGCCUGAGAAGAUGGACACAAGGAUGGCUAGUUCUUCUUCUCUUAGCCAGAGUAAACUGAAAGGUGAUGAAGCUCUAAGUCCACCUUCUACUCCAUUCAUACACAGAGAAGCUACUUAGAAGUUAAAUGUACGCUUUGGUUGGAGCUUUUUUGGUUUUGAAGGUAAUAGUAAACAUGUAAAAACCAGUUUUUACUAUGGAACCGUUUAUACGGUUCAUGCAUAUCUUUAACUUCAAAAUUCUAAUGGA